AUGUCUGGAACUCUCAGUUAUGAAAAGAUUAGGUAUGAAAAAAUAUUCCCCCAAUUUAGAGAUAUUUACAAUACAACUAUAUAUCGUUUCAGUAAUUCUAUUGAUAUCAUUACUGGACUUUCUAAACUUUGUAAUUAUUUGAUUAUGUUAUAUUUCAAAGAAAAUCAAGAACAUUACGUUAGUUUACAAACCAAAUGUAAGGGUCUUGGUCUUUAUCUAUACCAUAUAAAAGAUAAAAUUACAUCUGAUAAUAGUUAUAAAAAUUUAGCUUGUAUAUAUUUCAAUUACAAGUUACAAGACAUGUUAAAGAAUUGUGAAUGUAACAUUAAAGACCCAGAAACUGUUUACAAUUUAAUGAGUAAUCAUAGUUACCUGGUUCCUCAAAAUGGAAAUUAUUUCCUUAAUAUAUGUUAUAAUGAUAUUACAAGUCUUGCAGAUAGCACAUUUGAAAUAUUUAUGUAUUUUGAUCAAGUAUAUGAAGCUCUACCAUUCAUAGAGAAGGGAAUAAACUGCUCAUUCUAUGAUGGGAAAUUUAAAGAGUAUGUGAAUAAAUUAAUAAAUUAUGUACCCAGUAACAGUAGUAUAGCUACUUUACUAAAUGAUUUAAUAACAAGAUAUAAUAAAAGCAUUCCGAAUAGUAAAUGUCCUGAACCAAUAUCUCUGACUAAAUUAGGUCUAAUUGAAAUAUCUAAGACUGAAACAAUUCUGACUCAAAAUUCUCAUACUGAAAAAUUUCUGACAGAAGAAUCUGAGAAAGGAAAAAUAAUAAGUGGCGAAACGGCGGUGCAUGGAAUCCAAAUAAAACACUCAGGUUUAUCAAUGGGAAAAUGGGUAGGAGUUGUUGUUUUGUCUUCAGCAUUAUUAAUAAUGGCAUUCUUUUUAUAUAAGUAUACGCGCAAUACUUCAUUUAUACGACAAAGGGCGAGGAAAUUAAGGAAAUUGAUGAAUAUAAAAAGUGAAAAUCAUAACGAUGUAUUAGGCUCACAUGAGGAAACAUAUAAAAAUAGAAUUCAUAAUCAGUAUAAAAUAGCUUACGUUUAA